CCCGAACUGCGGCGGCGGCGGCGGCGAACGCAGAGCCGCGUCUGAGCAGAGCUGCAGCGGCUGCCGAGGGCACCGGACUGCCAAGCCCAGGACGCCCCCAGCCCAGGCCCGCGGGGUGGACAAGUCCUUCACGCCUCGCCGGAGUGUGUGGAGUCCUGCCUCAUUCCUCAGCAGCCUGCAGAGAAGGAAAGAAGGAAGAAAGGAAGAGAGAAGGGAAGGCCAGGAAAUGUUCAUGGAGGAGUGAUGGACAGAACCAGCGCUUCCCUCAGGCACUAGACCUGCCACGAGUGGACUUAGUUCCCCCCAACACUGCUUCACUCUACCCAAAGAACACAGAUCUGUUUGAGAUGAUUGAAAAGAUGCAGGGAAGCAGGAUGGAUGAACAACGAUGCUCUUUCCCACCACCCCUCAAAACGGAGGAGGACUACAUUCCCUACCCAAGCGUCCACGAGGUCCUGGGGCGAGAAGGGCCCUUCCCCCUCAUCCUGCUGCCCCAGUUCGGUGGCUACUGGAUCGAAGGCACCAACCACGAAAUCACCAGCAUCCCUGAGACAGAGCCGCUGCAGUCGCCUACCACCAAGGUGAAGCUGGAGUGCAACCCCACAGCCCGCAUCUAUCGGAAGCACUUUCUCGGCAAGGAGCAUUUCAAUUACUACUCACUGGAUACUGCCCUGGGCCACCUUGUCUUCUCACUCAAGUAUGAUGUCAUCGGGGACCAGGAGCACCUGCGGCUGCUGCUCAGGACCAAGUGCCGGACAUACCAUGAUGUCAUCCCCAUCUCCUGCCUCACUGAGUUCCCCAACGUGGUCCAGAUGGCAAAGCUGGUGUGUGAAGAUGUGAAUGUGGAUCGAUUCUAUCCUGUGCUGUACCCCAAGGCUUCCCGGCUCAUAGUCACCUUUGACGAGCAUGUUAUCAGCAAUAACUUCAAGUUUGGAGUGAUUUAUCAGAAGCUUGGACAGACCUCUGAGGAGGAACUCUUCAGCACCAACGAGGAAAGCCCUGCCUUCGUGGAGUUCCUCGAAUUUCUUGGCCAGAAGGUCAAACUGCAGGACUUUAAGGGGUUCCGAGGAGGCCUGGACGUGACCCACGGGCAGACGGGGACCGAGUCUGUGUACUGCAACUUCCGCAACAAGGAGAUCAUGUUUCACGUGUCCACCAAGCUGCCCUACACAGAAGGGGACGCCCAGCAGUUGCAGCGAAAGCGGCACAUCGGGAAUGACAUCGUUGCCGUGGUCUUCCAGGAUGAGAACACGCCCUUCGUGCCCGACAUGAUCGCGUCCAACUUCCUGCACGCCUAUGUGGUGGUGCAGGCCGAGGGCGGGGGCCCCGAUGGCCCCCUCUACAAGGUCUCCGUCACCGCCAGAGAUGAUGUACCCUUCUUUGGGCCCCCGCUCCCGGAUCCCGCUGUGUUCAGGAAGGGGCCUGAGUUCCAGGAAUUCUUGCUGACAAAGCUGAUCAAUGCUGAAUAUGCCUGCUACAAGGCGGAGAAGUUUGCCAAACUGGAGGAACGGACACGGGCCGCGCUCCUGGAGACGCUCUAUGAAGAGCUACACAUCCACAGCCAGUCCAUGAUGGGCCUGGGCGGUGACGAGGACAAGAUGGAGAACGGCGGUGGUGGUGGCGGCUUCUUCGAGUCUUUUAAGAGGGUCAUCCGGAGCCGCAGCCAGUCCAUGGAUGCCAUGGGACUAAGCAGCAAGAAGCCCAAUACCGUGUCCACCAGCCACAGUGGGAGCUUCGCACCCAACAACCCUGACCUGGCCAAGGCGGCUGGAAUAUCAUUGCUUAUUCCUGGGAAAAAUUCGAGUAGAUUCGGACGCCGGGGCAGUGCCAUAGGCAUAGGAACCGUGGAAGAGGUUGUCGCCCGCGGGGCUGCCGGCUCUGGAGGCUGCCUGCACGCGCUCUUCUCUGCUCGCUCUCAGGACGGAGGCCAUAUUGGGGACGUUGGCUUCCUUUCCCUGGGACAGGCCCAAGGGUGUGCAGGAUGGAGUGCCGGCAGCUCUGAUGGCGCUCAGCACCUGCUUUGGGGCCUGUCACUGAUUGUCCCUGGGAAGAGCCCCACAAGGAAGAAGUCAGGCCCGUUCGGCUCGCGCCGCAGCAGUGCCAUCGGCAUCGAGAACAUACAGGAGGUUCAGGAGAAAAGGGAGAGUCCCCCGGCUGGCCAGAAGACCCCAGACAGCGGGCACGUCUCGCAGGAGCCCAAGUCAGAGAACUCCUCUACUCAGAGCUCCCCAGAGAUGCCCACGACCAAGAACAGAGCGGAGACAGCAGCCCAGAGAGCGGAAGUGCUGAAGGACUUCUCCCGUUCCUCGUCCAGUGCCAGCAGCUUCGCCAGCGUGGUGGAGGAGACGGAGGGUGUGGACGGAGACGACACUGGCCUGGAAAGCAUCUCGUCCUCAGGGACGCCCCAUAAGCGCGACUCCUUCAUCUAUAGCACGUGGCUGGAGGACAGUGUCAGCACCACGAGUGGGGGCAGCUCCCCAGGCCCCUCGCGGUCAUCCCAUCCAGACGCUGGCAAGUCGGGGGACCCUGCAUGUCCGGAGAUCAAGAUCCAGCUGGAAGCGGCUGAGCAGCACACACCCCAGCUGGUGAGGCCACAGAAGCACAAGGUGAAGAUGCUGUGUCAAAUCCAGGCAGACAGGACCUCUGCCCCCAAGGCCACCACCAGCCUGUGGACUGCCCCCUGUCUCCCCAUCCCUCCCCUUGGCCCACUGUCUGGGCUGUCUCUACAGGGUGGAGCCAUCCAGGCCUGGGAGCAGGGACGCUGCUGGCAUUACCCUCACACCCCGGACUGGGGGACUGAGCUGGGGCAGGGAGUGAUCAGCUGAAGCAGGACUCCAGGCCUGGCCUACCCCCACCUGGGCCCUUCAUCACACCUUGGUGCCCGUCUGGUCUCAGGGGGAGCGAGAUGGGAGGGGGAGAGUGUGAGAUCUCAGUGCAUACGGAGCCUGCAGGCAGUGGGAUGGGAGAUGUGGUGGAGUGAGCACUGGGCUGGGAGUCCUGAGUCCUGGCUUCCAAUUAGGGUCCUGCUGUGUGACUCUGGGCAAGUCCCUUUCCCUCUCUGGGCGCCUCUGCUAUCAAUGGACAAGGUUAUGUCAGAGGUCACUAAAGACUGUGAUUCCAUGCACCUGCCCCAGAAUGGGGGAUUGUCCUCUCAGGGGCCUCCCAUCACCCCACCCUGCUUCAUGGAUCCCGGGGGCCCCAGGUGGGCUGAGGGGCUGGUUAUUCCCACUGCCCCUCCUGGACCCUCAAGCUCUACCUAGAUCAGCUGAUGCCCUGUCCACUGCCUCCAUAUGACAGAUAAGUGACCCCCUUGUGGGGGAAAGGGAGACCUACCUGGCUCCUUGGCCAGCACCCAGCUUCACCCCUGCCAUCCCAUCUUCUGGGCGCUCCAGGCUGAGGGGUCUCGGCUGGCCUAGAGUAACAGGUCUUGCCUUUGUGCACCCCCCCACUCACUCCCAUGGAGGGGCAGCCAGGCACAGCUGCUGUGAGCCCACAUCCUUGUGUGUGUCUGUCCACACUUUUUAGGCGCCACGCCAGCCUUCCAGCCCCAACACCCAUUUUGGAAGCCCCUGUGGCCGUGUGUAUGUUGGUAACAGUUGUACAAAAUAAAUUCUAUUUAUCACUAUUGUA